GCAAGCUGGCUUCCUCAAUCGGCCGUCAGCACCAGUGGCACGACGGCAGAGGGAGAAUGCACAGCAACCGACACAGAACCUCGCGAAGUUGGACCAGGCCUUUUCAUGGGGUCCAAGCAAAGAUGUGCUGCGCGAGCACAACUCGAACGAUGAUGCAGGUGCCGUAUCCUUUCUGCGCAACGACGCCGGCAAGCCCACAGCGCGUUUCGAUGUUGGCGACAUUUGCGAAGUCGUCGGUGGUGCGUUAGUCCGUGCUUCGGAAGAGCUUGACAGUGACAAGAUUGGUCAGCUUGUGGAUGGGUGCCGAGCAGAAGUCGUGGAAGUAGGUUCAGGGCCUACUGGCAAGCGGAUCGCGAUCGAAGACACAGACGGCCUGAGAGGAUGGGUGAGUGUGGUGGCCACCACAGGCGAAACUCUCAUUCGAAUCGUCGAGAAGGAGCUGCGAGGCGAAGCUCGGGCAAAGAGGAUUGAAGCCGCUGCGAAAGCAGCACGGCACGACUGCAGCAAACCCACAGCGCGCUUUGAUGUUGGAGACGUUUGUGACGUCGUCGGAGGAGCGAUCAUGCGAGAGAGCGAGGAUCUGGAUAGCCGGCAGCUGGGGAAGCUGCAGAACAGAAGCCAAGUCAAGGUUGUGGAGAUUGGUACCGGACCAACAGGCAAACGUCUGCUGGUGACCGAUGACACAGGUCGUGCAGGUUGGAUAAGCGUGGUCUCUUCUGAUGGUACUCAACUCUUGCGCCCUGUGAAGACGCCGGAACUACCAUUGCCCGAGACUCCACAGGAGAUGCAGCUCAGCAAGCAGGUGACGCACGCGGUCGCCCCCCAAGUUCGCAAGGAGGUGCUCUCACAAGUGCUGGCCCCCGUCGUGGAACCCGCAGUCCUGGUCAGUUCCUCUCGAGCUCAGCGUGGUUUCGAUUUGGAAAUUUCUUACUUGGAGAGGGAACACAUGGAGCAGCUCUUGGCGGACAAGUUUGCAACCGAGGGUGUUCAGGAGCCAAGCUACGACCAUGUCAAGCUCCGCGACGCAAAGGGAAAAUGGUACAGGCCUGGCGAAGCACCGGAAGUGCCGACGCCCGACUUGUUUCCGAUCACACUCUACUACCGUCCUCCGAAGCCUGAGCAAUCUGCUGAAAUGGUCCUUGCCUUGCGCCAGCGAAAGGCAUACGAGGCCUUGACACCAACUCAACGCCGUGGUCUCUCAGAAGUGCAGCGCCAACUGGAGCGUGCCUACUCUUCAGAGAGCAACGACUUACUGGACCGAGCCAUGCGCCUCGCACAUUCCCUCGGCUUACCACUCGGGACUGCUGGGCUGCCUGUCUCCUUGAUGCCAGAGUCCGUUUGCUUCCCGAAAGGCAACGAGCCCUUGCUUUACGACGGGCAUCUUUACUCGAUGCAGUCAACAUCUAUGCUGGUCUUCGAUCCUCCAGACUUCAGCGUGCCCAUGGGAAUUUGGAAUGCACAGCGCCAGCGCGUGGAUCCCGCCGUCAUGCAGAAUGAUGAUGCUGGACGCACUGACAUCAUCCACUUCGGCAAGACCUUUCACAUGCUGGAACAGGGGCAUGUGAUCGAUCCCGAUUCUCAGCAGGUGGUUGGGAUGAUACGGCCCAUGACCGGUGACUUCGAGUUCUUUGAUCCCAUUCCUCUUCCUGUGGCUGACUUCAUGAUGAGGCGUGGCUUUCGGCUCGAGGCUCCUUCCGCGAGGCUCACCAACGGUCCUUUCGUGCAAAUCCUGCCCCAGGUGGAAGAUGACGAUGGAAUCCCAGAACUUCACUUGCAGAUGCAGGCUGCUGGCAAUGCAAAAGCGUUGAAGUAUGCCCCAAUUGAACAGCGUGGCAACAAAGACGUGAUGAUCCAAGCAAUGCGCCAGGGACAGGGCCCACAGAGUUGGAAGAUCAUGCUCUGUGGAACACAAGAGAUCCUAGAAGACCGGGAUGUUCUUUCCGAAGCAGUGAAGCAGGACUACUCUGCUAUGGCCUACGCGUCCAACUACUACAGUGACCGGAACUUCAUGCUGCAGGCGGUGCAGCAGCAUGGAGUGGCUUUACAAUAUGGCAGUGAGGAGAUCCGUGCAGAUCCAGACCUUGCAUACAUGGCUGUCAAGGCAAGCUGGCGGGCACUGGAAAACGUUUCGGAGAAGCUCCGCGGGUCGUCGCGCAUCGUCCGAGAGGCCGUGAAGCAGUGCUGGCAAGCCUUGGAGUACGCUUCAGAGGAGCUCCAGGAUGACAAGGACGUGGUCAACUUGGCCGUAAAGCAAACCUGGCGUGCGCUCCAGUUUGCCUCUGGUCGUCUGCGCGGCGAUGCGGCCUUUAUGUUGAAAGCAGUGGCCCAAAGUGUCGACGCACUGCAUUUUGCAAACGAUCUGCUUCUCGGCGAUGCCGACUUCAUGAAGCAGGCUGUGCAGCUUGACGGCAUGGCUCUUCGCUUUGCUGCAGAAGAUGUUGUCGACCGGGAUUUGGUUCUGCAGGCUGUGAGGACAAAUUGGCAUGCACUUCAGCAUGCCCCUGAUGUGCUACGUGCAGACAGGGCAGUGGUUCUGGAGGCCGUCCGGCAGCAUCAUUCUGCGUUGAAGCUGGCAUCUCCCGAUGCGCUACUGGAUGAGGAGCUGAUCUUUGAGGCAGCCAGGCGGCGACCAGACUUGCUGCGCAGCUUGCCAGAUGAGCCUCGAUCCAGCAGAGGUCUCAUGAUGCGAAUGGUCAAGUUGCACCCGAUGUCGCUUCAAUAUGCUGCAGACAGAACCCGCCGCGAUGAGGAAAUAGUCCUGGAGGCUUUGCGGCGGAACUGGAGAAGCUUUCAAUUUGCUGCGUCGGAGCUGAAGUCAUCGCAGCGGUUCCUACUGCAGGCUGUGCAGCUCGACGCUCUGGUUCUAUCCCUGGCUGAUGAGGAACUUCAGAAGGAUCCGCAGAUCGUGUGCGAAGCUGUGGAACGGGAGUGGGAAAUGCUUCAGCAUGUCUCCGAGGAGCUUCGGGGCAAUCGCACCUUCAUGAUGGAAGCUGUGGGCAUCGAAGGCAUGUCGCUGAAGUAUGCCUCAGCAGAAUUGAGCCACGAUCGUGAACUCGUCCUGGCAGCAAUUGCUAAUUCUGGGCAAGCGCUGGAGUUUGCGGCUCAGGAGCUCCGCUCCGAUCCCGAGAUGGUUCUCAUGGCCAUUCGCCAGGACUUUGAGGCCGUUUGCCACGCUGAUGAAGCUUUGGCUGGCGACUUCUCGUUUAUGUUUAGAGCAGUUCGAGUUGAUGGACGUGCCUUGAAAGGUGCAACAAUCGAGCUGCAAGCUGAUCCAGACUUGGUCUUGGCAGCCGUGCAGCAAAACUGGCGAUCGCUAGGCUACGCCAACAGGGCUCUGCGUGCAAACCUGGACUUCAUGCUGCAAGCAGUAGGCGUGGAUGGCUUUGCCCUGGCCAUGGCGGCUGAGGAGCUAUGGAUGCAUCCACAGCUUCUUGCAGCUGCAGCGCAGGAUCGUGACUGCCCGCAGGAUUCUGCAAGCCAUGAGGAGCAUGAACCUGAAGUUGGAACCGAUCUGCGGCAACUACUGCGGCAAGCUCGGCCCAAUUGGUCGGAAGCAGACUUGCAGUCAGCGGAGCAGAAGCUGUCUGUCAUCGGUGUCACGACAGUACCGCUUCUUGCACAGGCUUCUGCAAGCGAUCUGAACGGUCGUUUGCGUGCAGCCGGCCAGAAGAUUUUCACGGCCACGACGGUGAUGGAGCUGAAGGCACGGUCGGCAGCAUCCAUGGCUGCUGCGGCUGCUGCAGAUGCUGAAGCUGUGGCAGCCGUCACGCUCGCGCAGCGCCCGAAAAAGUCGAAGACCGGUCUGAGGCCGAACGCCCGGUUGACGUUCUGA